GUGGUCCAAGCCUUCACCACACACAUGUUCGGGACCGCUGCUCACACUGUGCUCAUGAUCAUGGCGUUUGACAGAUACGUGGCCAUCUGUAACCCCCUGCGCUACGCCGCCAUAAUGACCAACAGGAUGGUGAUGAAGCUGACGGUGUCUGCCUGGGGAGUGGCUUUGGUUUUGGUGGGGAUUCUGCUGGGUCUGACCGUACGGCUGAACCGAUGCAGGACUCUGAUCACAAACCCUUACUGUGACAACGCCUCUUUAUUCAAACUCUCCUGUGAGAGCGUGUUCAUCAAUAACGUCUACGGCAUCACCUUCACUGUCGUCCUGCUCUCGUCCUCCAUCGGCACCAUGGUUCUCACCUACACUAAGAUCACAGUCGUCUGUCUGAUGAGUAAGAACAAGUCUCUGAACAGUAAAGCUUUAAAGACCUGCAGCACUCAUCUGGUGGUGUAUCUCAUCAUGCUGAUCAGUGGGUAUAUUGUCAUCAUCCUGCACCGCUUCCCUCAGUACUCAGACUACAGAAAACUUUCUGCCAUUUUGUUCCACAUCAUCCCCGGAAGCCUCAACCCCAUCAUCUACGGUGUGCAGUCUGCAGAAAUCUGCAAAUCCCUGUCCAGGUUAUUCCGAUCCAAACCGGUCAACCCGUUAUUCUGA